CAUUUUUCCAAACCCUAAACUCUAGUCGGAAUUGGGGAAUCCGACUCCCGUAUUUGGUAAUUUCCUCUCAAAUUUCUAUCCAGAAAAAGACGUGCUUUUUCAUAAAAGGCUAUGAAGUGAGGGAUGUCAGCAAUGGCGAAAUUCUGUUCACUGCCAAAAAGAUCCCAUCCUUCUUCCAAUCCACUGUGAUCCUCCUUGAUCCCGCCAAACAGGCUGUUGUUACUCUUCGACAAAAGAUAUUUCAAUGGCGUGAUUCAUGGGACGUUUACAGAGGAGUAAAGAAAGAGAAGAGUGAUAUUAUCUUCACCACAAGAACUUCUUCACUGUUCCAAUUGACCCCAAACUAUGAUGUCUUCUUAGCAAGCAAUAACAGUCCACGGAAAGUGUGCGAUUAUAAGAUGGAGACUUGUUACAGGAUCUUCUUGCCGCCGAUUUGUAAAAUGUUUGCUCGAUCAUCUAAUGCCUUAAUUGCUCAGAGCGUGAAACAACAGUCUAUUUUUGGAGUGGAUAAGUUAAAGGUGACCGUGCAGCCAAAUGUGGAUCAAGCCUUUGUUGCUUCUCUAUUACUGAUUCUAGAGGAAAUAAAUCACUCUAAAGACUCCGAAGACUCUGAUGAAAACUGAAGAUCGCAGACUAAAUAACAAGUACAUUUAUGUUUUUUCCAAAAAAAAAACAAGUACAUUUAUGUGGCAUUUCAUUUAAUUUAUCUACUUUUUCCGUACAUUC